GAAGGUUAAUAUAAAUUAUGCGUAGUAAACCAUAACCGAGGUUUUCGUCUGAUUAUAUCAAGGCAGCCAUGAUAUUUUUAGGAACAAACUCAAAGCUCAUAGCUUUUCUUGUUGCUGUUAAGAUGUGGGAACUACAAUGUGCAGAAGGAACGCAAGAUUGGCAAUGGCAAUACAAUAAAUCAGUUUGCUUCAACGAGCGUGCGGAUGCAGCUUUGUCAUGGAAAGUCACACUUAGCCCCGGAGACAGCGUCUCGGAUGUGAAUAUCUACGAGGUUUCAGUGAGGACGCAAUCUGCACUCAAGAUGUACAGCAAGACAAAUGGACCUGAGGCCGUGUUUAAAGACCGCGUAAUGCGUUUCUCGAUGGCGAAUGAGUUGAGUAACCAAUUUCCAGUUUUCAAGAUCUAUUUCACUCUCACAAACCUAAGCAGCAGUGUUGAUGGGUUUGGAAGCAAAAGCAUUAGAUGCCAAGUUAAAGGAAAUAAUAGUGACGACGCAUCUCAGCAAAGAGAUACACUACUACACGUGCAAGUUCCCAUCCGAAACUUUGCAAUCCACCCUUUGAGACUCAUACUCAAUGAGACUGACGCCGCCCUAUUCACGUGUUCCGCUGAUGGGUCUCCCUCGCCCACCAUAACUUGGACCAGCCCUCAGGGUCACAUGGUGGGGCACGGCACAUCCUAUUACCGAAUACCAGCGGUUAACAGAAGAAUGUCUGGCAUGUACACGUGCACUGUUACUGAUGGCUGUGGACAAAACUACACUAAGUCUGCGAUACUGACCGUGCAAUACAAGCCAGAAAAUACAAAGCUCAUCAAGCUUGCUCCGUCUAGCAAUAGAGUAGGCAGGUACUCCACAAUUGCCUUGAGAUGCAUUGCCUCGGCUAAUCCAUCAGUAACCAAUUACAUGAUCUACACAAAUGGAACAAGGAGUUACACCGGCACUGGCAUAUUCACAACAAGCAUUUCAGUAUUGGGAGAAGUUGAGUUUUCCUGUGAGGCUAGAAGUGCAGCUGGAUAUGGACUGAACGUGACAGUUUCCAUCAGCGUUGAACCAAGCUCUGCUACAUGGAUUCAUUUUUGGUAUUUUGGGAGUUCUACUGAGGGCGAAACACUAUACUUAGAAUGCUAUGUAAGCUGGAGAUACCGCGACAAUUUAACUAUGGUUAAAGAUGGCAAGACGAUUGAUUUGGUGCCAAUCUGGAGACGGUAUCUAAAAUUGAGUCCACUUCACCGAAAAGACGGAGGAAUAUAUUUUUGUGGAGUAACAUUAAAUGGCGUCGAAAACAUUGGAUAUGACCGACUAGAUCUUGAUGUUCUCUACAAACCAGAAAACACCCAAUUGGUGCUAUUGACAAGUUCCUACUGCUAUGGGUCCGCGAUACCCCUAUACUGUUCAGCGGUCGCCAAACCAAAUGACACCCGAUACUUUCUACGCAUCAACAAUCAACCGCUGGCCAACAACACCAUUGGUCUAUUUAACGUGUCACUAAGCAUGCUGGGAUAUCAUCUCUACACAUGCGCACCAAGCAAUAAAGUGGGAGAAGGCGAACACAGAAGUGUCAGAAUUCACGUGCAAGAGCCGCUGAAGACUGCGUCUAUCCUACCUAUUAAUGGCACGAGGUUCACGGAGAAAUCCACUGUUCAGUUGACAUGCGCGGCUAAUGAACUGGAUUCACACGAGAUAAGAUGGACCAAAGACGGUGUUCUCGUGGGAGAGGGACAAACACUGAUGAUACAGUCAAUAAACAGGACGGACGAAGGGGUGUACACGUGUACUAUCAACAACACGUGUAACGUGGUGUCUGCUGUCACAUACAUUGGAGUCGACUAUGUCAACAUGGACCAACAAACGCUAAAAUGUUCGUCCUCCCCGGGAUUCAUCAUCCUGUCCCUCGAGACCAACACCGCCUCACCUCCCAACAUCAUUUGUAACAGUGGCCACGCGUCUUACAGAGGACUCGUCGCACACUCGAAUGGCAGUGUCAUAUCGUACAGGGUGGAUUUACCGGACCCGGAUGUGAGUGAGGUGAAAUGUCGAGCUGAAGGCUUCCCAGGGACCGAGAACACGUACACUAUUGCUGUCGCUGAUUCCGAAUACAUCCGGAAUGAUAGCUUCAGAGUGACUAACGAGCGAUAUCCACCGAGCGCUGCAGUCAAAGCGAGGAUUAUCAAAUCGAUCAAAGAGAGUUUUGAUUCUGCUUGUCUUGACACAUUAUCAGUAACAUACAGGGAUGGCAGCCUUGUUGUUGACGUCUCUCUCGUCCUCACUGCAAAUAUAACAAAUCCUUUCCUGUCUCUUAAGGAAACUCUGCUCCAGAAGACGAAAUUCUAUGGCCUUUCUGUCGAUUCUUCAAGUAUAAAAAUGAGCGUCCAACUGCCGCCACUUCCAGAGUUUUUCGAUGUCACAACUACGUCACAACAUAUAGCGGUCACGUGGUCAAACCCUUCGGGUGAUGCGCAGUGCACAAUGCGCGCUAGACCUCUAGCUGGAGCAUCACGUGAUUGGCUGACGUCAUCAGGCUCUAUUAGUUCAGCCUCGCUGUCGUGCGUGUUGGAUGAUCUUCAGCCUGACACUCUGUACGAGGUGGAGGUCACUGUGUCGGUGCGGGGAAACACGAGGCGUGACACGGUGUACAUCAGUACCACCCCCUCAGUUAUCGAAGUCGUUAACCAAGAUUCCGUUAUUAUCGGUCUGGCUGUCACAGUUGCCCUGUUGCUUCUGUUAAAUGCUGCAACCAUUACCUACUUCCUACGAUGCAAGAAAUCAGGAACAGAGAAGAGGCCAAGAUCAAAUGUGGAUGGAGUGGAAAAUUCCCAAAUUCAGAGUAUAACGAUGCAAGAAGGUUCUUUUUCGUCGCUACACACAGAAGAGCGAACCGUCACUCAACCAGGAAGAAGCUACGAGUCAAUGGGCCAAACUCCUUACUCAGAACCUAACGCUACCCCAGAAUACGAUACAGUCACGCCAACCAAGACUGUCACGCAACACAACCAAGCACAUGUCACGCGACCUAAAAUAUUCAGCAAAAGGAAUCACGAAUCAAGUACCAGUCUUCCUCGGGCUAACGCGCCUUUAAAACAACUUCAUAAUACCAAGGCCAGAAAGGAAAAGAUUGAGAAGCCCGGUCACGUGAAUGACGUCACAGCAUCUACCGGGGCACGUGACCUGGAGCCAUCGGCAAUUUACCAGUCCCUUGAUUCAGUGUUUGUUAAUGAGGCGCAGUACGCAUCGCUGACCCCACACACGCACGCCUCAACAGAUCACAUGGCGUUUGUGUAUGAGAACCUGGGCAGGGAUAGCGCAAAGGAAACAGAUUUCUGCCAUCACCUAGUUGAUCAGCAAGAACCGUCUCACUCAAAUACAACCACCGCGUGAGUGCAAUCUUCGUCUAAAACAACAAGAGUAAACUCCGCUCACUCCAGCAUCUACUACUUUUAAGUCUCAUUUAGUUGUAUGCGAAACCUCUACAACUCAGGUGUAAAUAAGCCUACGACUCCGCUACGAUGCUCGACUACGAAUAUCGUAGUGUAUAAUUUGCAGACGACUAGAUUGUGCUGUCUAAAUCAGCCUUUACUCACAUUUUUUAUAAUUGUCUGGUGACACAAGCUAUAGCAUUUAAAUUCUAGUCUUUCAUAUUCUCGAAAUGAACUUUGUAAUAAAGGGCUAAACAGCACCAACAUUGACCAACAUUGCGAGCGUUACAUAGCUCGGCUGAACUGAAGACAUUAGCAAACUGCAUGCUUAUGCAAUAACUCCCAACACAGUGUAUAAAUAGCACCAGCACUAAUAACCUAUGCUGUUUGGAUGGGGCUUUAUAUUCGCAGAAAUAAACAACACCACAAAGUCU